AUGGUCCCUCUCAAACUUGCAGCACUGAUUUUUUACAUUCUUAGCAGUUUUCUUACAACCUCAAAAUCUGUCGAUGAAUUCUCCUACAAUGGAUUUCGAUCGGCAAAUCUGAGCCUCGAUGGCUUGGCAAAGAUCACUCCCAACGGUCUCUUGGAACUAAACAAUGCCACCAUACAAGAGAAAGGUCAUGCCUUUUUUCCCGAUCCUAUUGAAUUCAAGAAAUCCUCAAAUGCCUCGGCUUUUUCCUUUUCUGCAUACUUUGUUUUUGCAAUGGUGUCUGGCUAUCAAGAAUUGGGAGGUCAGGGAAUUAUUUUCGUGCUUUCGCCAAGCAAAAGCUUUGAAGAAGCCAAUGCAUCAUCAUACUUCGGCCUAUUCAAUAAAACCAACAACGGCAAUUCUUCCAACCAUAUAUUUGGAGUAGAACUUGAUACAAUCAAGAAUGUUGAAGUUGAAGAUAUCGAUGAUAACCAUGUUGGGAUUGAUAUUAAUGGGCUGAAAUCCAUAUCUUCACAUACAUCAGGGUAUUGGGAUAACCCGGAUUUGUUUCGUAACUUGACGCUUAACAGUGGUCAUCCGAUGCAACUUUGGGUUGAAUAUGAUGGUAUAGAGAAGCAAAUCUCUGUUACAUUAGCUCCACUGCAUAAUUCCAAGCCAAAUAGAGCUCUUCUGCAGCAAUCCUAUGAUUUAUCAUCUGUCUUAAAACCAACGAUGUUUGUUGGCUUUUCCUCAGCCACUGGGCCUAUACAAAUAACUACCCAUUAUGUUCUUGGAUGGAGUUUCAAGAUCAAUGGUAUGGCUAAACCACUUGAUCUCUCUCGACUUCCUAAACUACCUCGUGUGGGUCCCAAGAAGAUAUCGAAGGUUUUGACCGUGUAUGUGCCGGUGAUUACUGUGGUUUCAGUAUCACUAGCCAUAUGGGGAGUAGUUUGUUAUGUCAAUAGGCUGAGGAAAUUUGCCGAAGUGCUUGAAGAGUGGGAGCGUGAUUACUCUCCUCAGAGGUUCAAAUUUAAAGAUUUGUACAAGGCCACUAAAGGGUUUAAAGAUACGGAGAUACUGGGUAGGGGUGGAUUUGGAAAAGUAUACAAAGGUGUGAUGCCUAGAUCUAAAGUUGAGAUUGCUGUUAAGAGGGUGUCUCAUGAAUCAAGACAAGGGAUGAGAGAAUUUGUGGCAGAAAUUGCAAGCAUGGGUCGACUACGCCACCGGAAUUUGGUGCCACUGUUGGGAUACUGCAGGCGUAAAAGUGAACUUCUUUUGGUCUAUGAAUACAUGUCCAAUGGAAGCCUAGACAAGUACAUUCAUGACCAACCAAAGGUUACCCUCAACUGGGGCCAAAGAUUUCGAGUCAUCAAAGGCGUAGCAUCUGGAUUACUUUACCUACACGAAGAAUGGGAACAAGUAGUGAUCCAUAGAGACAUAAAGGCAAGUAACGUAUUAUUAGAUGGGGAAUUAAACGGACGAUUAGGUGAUUUUGGGCUUGCAAGAUUGUACGAUCAUGGAUCUAACCAUCAGACGACUCACGUGGUUGGGACACUGGGGUACCUUGCCCCCGAGCAAAAUAGAACUGGGAAGGCCACAACAAGCACUGAUGUGUAUGCUUUCGGUGCAUUUUUGCUUGAGGUUGCGUGCGGGAGAAGGCCAAUCGAUCCCAAAGCUGCCUCUCAUGAUCUAAUUUUGGUAGAUCAAGUGUUUUCCUACUUGAACCAAGGUGACAUAUUCCAAGCAGUCGACCCAAAUUUAGGUAACGAUUACGUAAUAGAGGAGAUGGAAGUAGUAUUAAAGCUUGGUUUGCUAUGUUCUCAUUCAGAGCCGAAAUUUAGGCCUAGUAUGCGUCAAGUUAUGCUGUAUCUUGAAGGCGCAUUGGCUCCCCCAGAAUUGUCUUCAAGUGGCCUAAAAUUUGCACAAAAUGAUGAAGGGUGUGAUGAUAUCCCCUUGUGGUCGUAUCCUUCUUCUUCUUCUGCUCAAACAGUAUUUACACAAACUUCCUCGGUUACAAAUUGUCUUCUCUCUGGAGGCCGAUGA